AUGAACAUCAAGGCAGAGAUCAGGCUGAUGCUUCCACAAGUCAAAGAACAACAAACAUUGCCAGCAAGCCACCAAAAGCUAGGGGAGUAUCCUGGAACAGAGUCUUCCUCACCACUUUCAGAAGGAGCCAACCCUACCAACAUCUUCAUCUCAGAUUUCAAGCCUCUCAAAAUAAUUAAUACUUUGGGCUCACCCACCGCUGUGGACUGGGCAACUAGUAGACAGGCAGCAUGGGGAAGGGAGAACCAGGGCGAGGGGGCUAUCGAGUGCGAGGCGCUGAUGCCUACCUUCAGCUGGGAGGAGAUUCAGAAGCACAACCUGUGCACAGACAGGUGGCUCGUCAUCGACCAAGUCUACAACAUCACCAAAUGGUCCAGCCGGCAUCCGGGGGGCUUUCGGGUCAUCAGGCACUACGCAGGGGAAGAUGCUACGGACGCCUUCCUCACCUUCCACUGCAACCUCGAUUUCAUGCGCAAGUUCAUGAAGCCCUUGCUGAUCGGUGAUCUGGCCCCGGAGGAGCCCAGCCAGGACCACAGCAAGAACAUGCAGAUCACUGAGGACUUCCAGGCCCUGAGGAAGACCACUGAGGAGAUGAACCUGUUCAAGACCAACCACCUGUUUUUCCUCCUCCUCCUGACCCACAUCUUCAUCAUGGAGACCAUCGCGUGGUUCACCAUCUUUUACUUUGGCAAUGGCUGGAUUCCAACCAUCAUUAUGGCCUUUAUUCUUGCUGCAUCUCAGGCCCCAGCUGGAUGGCUGCAACACGAUUUUGGCCACCUCCCUGUUUACAAGAAGUCUACGUGGAACCACAUUGUCCACAAGUUCACCAUUGGCCACUUAAAGGUAACUGUCAGCCACCCUGGGUGUCCGUCCCAUCAGUUAGCGUUUGAUGCAGCACUAUCUCACUUUACUCUGAGACCAGGACCUACCAAUCCCCUGCUUCUCUGACCUUCCAAGCCUUAUCACAUUAGACACACAGAACCA